AUGCCCUCAGUGAACACGCUGGAGCCGAUUUUGGCUCCGUACGAGGGCAAGGACCUGCUCGUUCCCAAAGAGGCAAACAUGUUGACGUACCAGCUGAUAGAGAGACUGAUGGAGCACUCGUGCGACAAGGCCACCCUGAAAUUGCUGGCCCGGUACUUAUCAAAACAAAGCUACGAGGAACUAGUCACAGAAAGAAUUAUCAACCAUUACUGCGGGUAUCCGCUGUGCGAUUUCCGAGAUCCAGGCCGGAUCAAGGAGAUGCAGAUCAACAAGCUGGUAUCGCAACUCAGGCUGCCUCGAUCUUACAACCACAAGUACUGCUGCAAAAAACAUUACCAGUGCUCGGAAUUCUACAAGCAGCAGCUCGGCACUGACGCUCUGUUUGCCCGCACAAAGCUCGACCUCCCCCGCUUCCACCCUAAGGCGCCCGAGUCCUCGAUUAUCCUGCUCGACGACAUCUUCGAUCCCGAGGGCAAGGCGAAUCCGGACGAUAUCAUGCUUCUGUUGCGGGAAAUGAGUAUCAGUGACCCGCAUUUAGAGACCGACAACCUGAUCGAUCAGUUCAACAACAUUGUGAUCCGUGAAAAGAACAUUGAAUAA